AUGGCUGAACAGGAAUCUAACCGUGCCUCUAACCAGGCACAGUCUGAACCCCAAAAUCGACCUCAGAAUGAGGGUCAAGGGCCAGCUUCAGGAUCCCGAGGAGGCUCACGUGGAGGACGCCGUAGGGGAAGGGGAGGACGUAGUCGUGGUCAGCGACAAAAUGGUUCAGCACCUGGAGGUCGUGGAAACAGCUCCCAGACAGAAUCUGCCACAGCACCUGCCACCUUCCCUACAGAGCCAGCAGCUUCUGGCGCACCUGAAAGCUCAGGAAACCCCAGGAACAGACGGAACAGAAGGGGCAACCGAGGCGCUGCUCGAGGCUCAGUAGAGCAGGGCAGAGGCGUUUUUACAAUGGGGCCCCGACGACAAUUUGGUGGCCGAUUAACGACCAACGAGCAAUCGUCAGACGCAGCUGACCAAGAUGCAUCCUUGCGAGCUAAUGCCCCAGAAUUUGUUCCUGGACAACCAGCGCCUCAAGGAGGAAAUGGAAAUCAACCAUUAGGUGCAGGCGAUUCUCAGUCUGCAGCACAGCCUCGUUCUAGAGGAAACCGCACAAGGAAUCGGAAGCAAGACAGACCUCGUCAGGAGGUCCCCAAGUCUACUGCCUCCGAGCUUUGGCAACGAAUUCAAGAAGAUAUCGCCAAUUGGAACUACGAAUGUCGAAUCUGUACCGAGGAGGUCACCCGAAAAACCGAAGUUUGGUCUUGUACCACCUGCUGGACCGUUGUCCAUCUUGAAUGUGCCCACCAAUGGUGGGAUACUUCUAUGAAGGUCAACGAAGAGAGCGGCGACAAGUCAUGGCGUUGUCCUGGAUGCAAUUCAACCUUGACCGACGAGCCAGGUAAUAGUUCAUGCUGGUGCGGCAAAGAAACGCAACUCAGCCGGAAUAGUCUCCUACCCCCUCACUCUUGUGGGCAGACCUGUUCCAAAUCCAGAUCGACAUGCUCUCACCCAUGCACUCUCCAGUGUCACCCUGGGCCAUGCCCACCUUGUACCGUUCUUAGCCCACCGGAGCCGUGCUAUUGUGGAAAGAACUCUCAGCGAAAAAACUGCAGAGACACCGAUUACUACAACGGAUGGAGCUGUCGAGAGCUAUGUGGUGAUCUGCUUCCGUGCUCACAGCAUGAAUGCACUCAGAUAUGCCACCCAGGCGUGUGUGGUACUUGCGAAGUAACAGUGGAGACGAAAUGCUACUGUGGACGAGUUGAGAAGGAGAUGCAAUGCUCCAAGCAGGAUGACGUGUGUGAUUCAUAUGAUGAUGCCAACUGUUCUUGGUUCGAGGGAUCCUUCAGCUGCGAGAAUAGUUGUGGAAGAACGUAUGAUUGCAAUGUCCAUCGUUGCCAGCUGCCUUGUCACCCACAAGACGAGCUGCCGGCUCAUUGUCCUUUCUCUCCGGACGUUGUAACCCAAUGUCCCUGCGGAAAGACGCCGCUCAAGGAGCUUGUGGAUGACUCUCGUCAGUCCUGCAGUGACCCCAUUCCUUAUUGUGAGAGAAAGUGCGAGAAGAAGUUAGACUGUGGUCAUCUCUGUCAGUUACUUUGUCAUACUGGGGAUUGUGGCUCUUGUACGGACGUCAUGGAAGUCGAUUGUCGCUGUGGUCGAGUUACAUCUGAGACGAUGUGUCACGGCGCAGAAGUUCAACACCCUUUGUGCUUCAAGAUCUGCCAGGCAAACAGAAACUGUGGAAGACAUCGCUGUGGCGAGCAUUGUUGCCCGGGCGAGAAGAAGGCUGUACAGCGGAUUGCCCAGCAGAAGAAGCAACGUAUUGGCCCCGACUCGCUCCCAGUCGAAGCCGAACACAUCUGUUUGAACACUUGUGGCCGACCACUCAAGUGCGGCUCUCAUAAUUGUGAACAGCUUUGCCAUCGUGGAGCUUGUGCAAGCUGCCCCGAGGCCAUCUGGGAGGAGAUCAGUUGCAACUGUGGCAAAACAGUUCUUCACCCACCGCAACCUUGUGGUACUCGUCAACCGUCUUGCACUAGUCAGUGUCAACGCCAACCAGGUUGCGGCCAUCCUCCUGUUGUCCAUCAAUGCCAUCCUGACGAUGUGAGCUGCCCCCCAUGUACAUACCUAACGACGCGUGUGUGUAUUUGCGGGAAGACCACAUUCCACAACAAGCCGUGUCACCUCCAGCAAGUACACUGCAGUCAGGUGUGUGGGCAGAAGUUGUCUUGCGGCCUUCAUACAUGCAAGAAACUAUGCCACCGCCCUGGAGAGUGUGGAGAUGCGCUGGCCGGCUGCGAACAGCUCUGCGGAAAGCCAAAGCCUCUCUGCGGUCACCCAUGCCAGAGUGUCUGUCAUGGUCAGAAUGCUUGCAACGAAUCCACAGCCUGUCAGGUGAAAAUGACAGUCAAAUGUCCUUGCGGCAACCAUAAAAAGGAGUUUAAAUGCCUGACUAGCACCAGCAACCCAACUCCGAAUCGUCCGGAAGUCCGAUGCGACGAGGAAUGCGAACGCCUCGAUCGCAACCGCCGCCUUGCUGCGGCUCUUAAUAUCGACCCGGCUACGCAUACCAACGACCACGUCCCAUUCUCAGACGACACUCUCAAGCUGUACAAGCAGUUUCCCAAAUGGGGCGACGAGCAAGAGAGCCAGUACCGUGUCUUUGCAGCUAACAAGGAUGAGGUUCGUCUGAGGUACGAGCCUAUGAAGAACGUCUCACGCCAGUUCCUUCAUCUUCUUGCCGAGGACUUUGGUUUCGAAAGCAAGAGUGAGGACCACGAUAUUCAUCGAUCCGUACUCGUUUGGAAAACGGACAAGUUCGUCUCGGCGCCGCCAAAGACACUCUCCCAAUGUGUCAAGAUUCGAGCCACACAAGCUGCUGAAGCAGCGGCAGUGGCAGCAAUUCGACCACCCAGCCCGCCAGUGUUGGAGACAGAGCCAUUCAACGCACUGGUCCUUAUUGAGCCCCGGUUCGGGUUGACAAACGAUGAUGUCAAUACUGCUCUUGCGGCGGACCUCUCAUCACUACAGGGAUUCUCAUUCAAGGUUGACUUUCUCAAUGAAGAAAUCCUUAUUAAGGCUACAGUUUCAUACUCGGCGUUCCUCACGCCUGCUCCUUUAGAGAAGAGCCUUGAAAUACUCAAGCCCCGCAUCGAGCAAACGAUUCGCCGCGAGAAACUCGCCGAGAACGUGCUGCUCUGCCAUUCAGAUGUCAACGGCGCCAUUACCCGUCGCGAGGUGCCACGCCGAGCUGGUGCUGGAGGAUGGAGUGCCGUGGCCGGACGCGCGGCGUCUAAGUCAGGAUUACCAUCCGCGACAGAAGAAGCUAAGCCUGGUCGCAGACUGCUUCUUGGACUCAAGAAGAAGAAGCCACAGGCGGAGGCGGGAAAGGUGUGGGCUGCCCUCGAUGGGGAUGUUGAAUGCUAG